CUCAUAAAAUAUUUUCACUUUUUUCUUUAUUUAUUUGUUUUAUUAUACAAGGCUGCCGAAAUUCUACAAAUAAUAACUAUGCAAUGUCGGUUUACGAUCUUAAAAACCUUAUAGUCUUGGAGGAGUACUUACUUGGUGUCUUGGACCGAUUUAGGCAAGAACUGCAGUACAAAGUUAUAACAAUAGAGAAUUACUUGGAGAUGACAAAGAAACGAAAUAAUUCAUUAGAAAUUAAUAAGUUUGCAUUUAAUUUUGAAGAAAGUGUUCCCAUCGUGCGCCGUUUAUAUUUUGAUUAUUCCCGUUUAGUGGCCUUCCUUGACAAUAAUUCUUGGGAUGUUUGUAUUAAGGCUAUAUACGAUCAGGAACCAAAAUUGCCAACAAAAAAAGAUUUAAUAGAGACAACGAAUGGAUUGUAUAUCAUGCAGAGCGUUUACUCAAUGAAGAUUUCCAAAAUGGCGAAGGGCAUUUUUCAAGGAGUGGACUACAAUUCCUCACUCAAUGCCUUUGAGUGCUUUACCAUGGCCAUGUUUCUGGAAGAAUUGGAUGAAUUGAUUUAUGCCAAGCAAUGGCUUGAAGUUUCGCUGGAUUUCUACAUGAAAGAUACAGUUAAUAGAGAUUUAUAUGCAGAACUUGGAUUCUCCUCAAUUAUGAUAUAUGAACUAUACGCAUCGGUCUUGCAUCGUUUGGGUAACGGUAGAGACAACCUAACAGUUAACGAUACCCUUAGGUCACUUAAUCCUGAAGGUUUUGGCAUUGAAAAGGAUCAAAUACAGGAACCAGAUAUGAUUUUAGAAAAAGAAAAUUGGGAGGCCUAUACAACGUUUUGCUCAACAGAAAACCGUCCUUCAAAAUCUAAUCUAUACUGCUUUUAUAAAAGAAACACUUCACACUUCUUGUAUCUGGCACCUCUUAAACUUGAGAUCCUGUCCCUUAAUCCAUACAUGGUGUUCUACCACGAUGUGAUUUCCGACAACGACAUUUUCCUCAUAAAGGUGGAGGGUCAAAAGAAUCUGACAAGAGCACGUACUUUUAACUUAAAAUCGAAUAAUCGGGAAGAAGAUUCAGGCCGAACGACUAAAGUUGGUUGGUUGGAUAAUAAUAGUCUGGCUAUUGUGCAAAAAAUGAACAAACUUGUAGAGGAUAUGACAAACUUAGACUUGAGCUCGUCUGCAGUUUAUGAAGUUCUCAACUAUGGAAUCGGAGGAUUCUAUGGGGCUCAUGUUGAUUAUUAUUACGACGAUUUUCAGAAAAACGAUGAAUUUUUGGACGAUCGCAAAGCGACUAUUGUGUUCUAUUUAAGUGAUGUGACUCAAGGGGGAGCUACGGCAUUUCCAGCUCUAAAUAUAUCAGUUUUUCCCAAAAAGAGAUCUGCCCUAAUGUGGUACAAUUUGGAUAACAAAGGAAAUGGUAUUCCAAAUUCUAUCCAUACCGCUUGUUCCACUGCAGUGGGCUCCAAAUGGGUUAUGAUUAAGUGGCUUACUCAAGCUGCACAGAUGUUCAGGAAGCCCUGUUUAAAGGAAGUUUAAAUUUUUUUAUUUUUUACCAGACCGUUUAAUUCUAUUAAGUUUAACGAUAAUAUUUGUCACGCUGAUUCAUCGUCAGUUUAAGUGUGUACUUCAAACAGUAAUGCAGUUGUUUUUUAAAGCCACUAUAUUCUUAGUGGCUCUUAGUUUUCCCGAAGGGACCUACACAUCGGUUUUGGAUGACUACAAAGAUCUGGAUGCAAAAAUCCGAAGCCAUUUAAGGGACUAUUCUGGGAUCUUGAAUAAGAAAAUCAGAGUGCUGGAUCAUUAUCUUGCUGAAAGACGAAGUAAACUGAAGAGUGUGGGAUCUGACCCAGAGGUCUAUUUUUCUAAUCCUAUUCAUGCGUACUCCAUGAUACACCACUUGCACUAUUACUGGCCGCUUUGGCUAGAAUCAAUGGAGGAAUCACCGGGCAAAGAAUUAAUAGCUCAACUUAAGAGACUUUUAACGCAGAUUUCUAAUGCAAAAGUCGCCCAGAAUAGGCUGGGAUGGUUUCUUCAUCUACAGAUAGCGAUGGAUAUGAAAAAUGACCUAAGAGAAAAUUUAUUUAAUCUCAACCAUGAAUCCUUUAAUCUACUGGAUGCUCUAGAAAUAGGAAAGUUUGCCCUUGACAAAGAGAAAUUCGAAAUUGCUGAAAAGUGGUUGGGCUCAAGUCUCAAAAAUAUAAAAGAACUUAAUCCAGUGCAACAGGAUGUCUUCAACAUACUCGGAGCUCCUACUGAACAGCAAGUGCAACAGCUACAUGAGGAAGCAAUUUUAACAACUAAAAUUAAAAAUAAAUCAAGCGUGACCAAAUAGUUUAGAUGCAAUACAAAAAGUGUAAAAUUAACCAUUUCAGAUAACAUAAUAAAUUUUGAUAACAUAA